CCACAUUUUAUUUCUAUUUCUUCUAUUUCAAAUGUUCUAUCGCCUGGCGACGGUAACCUUGCUGGCGACGCUAUUUGCUUCUGCCAUAGCUCAGCAACUGUGCAAUGGUCAUCAAGAAUUUUGUAACAAAACAUUUGAUGAACUCACUUACAUUAUCACGCAUAAUUCAUAUGGGUUCAUGCCCAACCCUGCUGCCAACCAGCUCUGUCCUGUCACAACACAGCUGGACGAUGGUGUCCGAGGACUCAAACUCUCCGCUGUCAAACCUAGCAAUCAAACUUCCAAUGCCCCCGAGAAUGCUAUUCACUUGUGCCACACAUCUUGUUCAAUUCUCGAUGCAGGUCCAGCCGUGGACACCCUGAAAAACAUCACCCAGUGGGUGAAAGAUAACCCUAAUGAGGUAAUCACCAUCAUGUGGAACAAUAUCGGCGAUUACAAAGUACAAGAUUUCGAAGCAGCCUAUAAAGCAAGCGGCAUCCUGGAUUAUGUCCAUGUUCAAGCUUGGGAAAACCUGACCUGGCCCAAGCUGCAGGAUAUGAUACAGUCAGGCAAGCGAGUCGUCAAUUUCCUUGAUAAUAAUUCUGACCAAACCAAAGUACCUUGGUUAAUGUCACAGUUUCCAUAUGUGUUCGAGACCCCCUAUGAUAACAAGAACGAAAGUUCGUUUUCGUGUGUGAUUGAUCGACCGCAAGAUCCGCCAGAUCCCGACAACAUGAUGUACGUCAUGAAUCACUUCUUGUAUGGUACCUUGAAUUUCGGCAACACGCAAAUCGAGAUACCUCAGAAAGGUUCGGCUGAUACCACCAACUCGGAUUCCCUGAAGAAGCAAGCUCAGACGUGCACACAAACUUUUGGCCGCCAGCCAAAUUAUCUCGAGGUCGAUUUUUACAAUUACGGCGAUACUUUAUCCAUUGCCGCCCAACUGAAUAACGUGACUUACGAUAACAAGCCGCUUCAAUGCGAUGCCUAUGUGGCUCAAUCAGCGCAAAAAGGAAAUGGCAAAAAAUCUGACGCUUCCCACUUCAAUGUUGGUGUCCUUGCUCCGUUCAUGAUAUCACUUUUCCCCCUUUUAUUCCUUCUGUAGAUUUUUUUCUCUUUACAUUGUUAGUACAUAUCACGUUUUGCAUCUACUUAAAUAAAAAACAACCUCCAUUUUGUACACACUGUCAACCCAACGAUAAUGGCUGACUUUAUCCUAUUAUAUGACUCUUUCUUCCUCGGAUCUUGCUUUCGGUGUUUUGCAGUCUUCUUGAUAACCGGGUCUUACCGAACUAGACUG